AUGGCCGGGAGAAGCGUGGUAACUUUUACAACCACCCACGAGCCCCAGAUACUCCCCGCGGCCACCGGGGCAACCGGUCAGUCGCAGUUCUCAGUCAACUCCCUGGAGCUUCAUCUAACCAUAACCACGGAAGAGGCCGAUGCUGGCCUCGCUGUAGCCGAAACAAUGGAACAGGCUAUUCGCAAGAUGCAGGCUGAAAUUGCCCUUGGCGACAACCGUAACGCAGCGAUCCAGCAGCCGAUACGAGCCCUGAAUAUGUCUCAAUAG